ACCUAGCCAACUUCAUAGGCUACCAUCCCGUUGUUCAAGGCUUGCCCUACCUCGCUUCUUUGCUCUGUCGAAGUCAACAUGGAGGUUUGUCAGGCUAGGCUAGACGGCAUGGCAGCAAUUCAUGCUCUGGUCGUCGAAGCCAUUAGAUGCUGUCAAUCUGCCUCUGCGGAUGAAGCAGAUUCCAGAUGCAUCACUAUCUCGUUAUCCAAAGCUCUUGACGUCAAUUCAGUAGACAAUGUUGAGGCUUCAAGAGGGACAUUCGCGAUAAAUCACACUGGAGAGCCUCUGGCGGACAAGAAUCCCGCGACCUUCAUCAAUCGUCUGGUUUCGUCUUCCGCCUUCCAACAGACUGUUGGAGCACGCGAUUUCCCACAAAUUUCGUGGGGUGACGCCGUUGCGUUGAUGACCACAGGUAAGUGCUUCGUGUACAUUUCGAAGUGUGAUGGACGUUCACGUGCGUAACCUGCUCAGGAAUGAACGACACCGAGGUCAAGAGGUAUGUUAUUGACAUUCCUGCUGAAGGCCAACCGACGUGGUCGCAACUCCCAUCAAUCGAGAAGCCAAAGGGAGCCUACUUCUCUGGCUUCGAGGUUUCUUUCGAUUUUCACGGAGUCGUUGAGGAUGCUGCCUUGAAAGUCCACGAGCUCAUAGGGAUGGUAAGUACAUGUCGUCUUGCCUUCAUUCAUUGAACACGGCGGCCAAUACUCAACGACGCUUCUCCGUUUGCAGGUGACCGUUCUUCAAUCACAAGUAUGCCAACUUCAUUUGCUCUUUCGUUCCUUUGUGGCUGAACUGUUGCCUGACUUCUACAAUCCUUUUCAGACUUCGAUCGGCCUUUCCUUGGGAAAUUUCUGCGACGAGUUUCAGUCAUUGAUUCAUGACUUGCCAUCCGCAACGAAAGAGACCGCCCCAGGAUCAAUAACGUUAUCAUAUGCCCCAGAUGACGAUGACACCGAGUUCAGCAGUUUAGAAAGGUUUAAGUCAGGCGUGUCACAGUCAUUGCUAUUACAACGUGAAAUUUGGUCUGCAUUAAAGCAGGGGCAACCAAAGGCUGCCCCAUGCCUCGCAUCAGCAAGCAUGACUCAUCGCUUGUGGAAUCUGGACUGCGUUGCUGCGUACGAGGAAGGAUCAAAGGACAACGUAACAGUGAAAGUGUUCAAAGACUGGUCGCCUCUUCUUGACGGAACCAGUGUAAUAAUGGCCUUGUCAGAAAGCAAACUCUGGAACAGUUUCGGGAUCAGCAUUGCGGAUGCUGCUAUUCACAACUUUUUUGGUGUUCUCCAUGCGGGAAAGAGCUUUAUGGAGAAACAUCUCAGCAUAUUCCUCCAUCUGCACAAUGAACAUAUCUCAUGUGUGAAACCCGAGAACGUCCCACAGAGAGUUCUGCCGAAGCUUGUCAAGGAUGCAGUUGCUGCAGCUUUGCGGCAGUUGAAGACUCAGCUUCCUGGUGACUUCUCAUCCGUACACCAAGCGAAGGUAGGCAAGAAAAUCCAUGCAGAUUUAAUUGUCGUUGAGUAGAGCACUUGACACCGAGUUCUCUUUCAGGUUGGGAAUUGCUUGCCUGAUUUGGCAACUAGCCUUGCAACCAUAGUGAUGGACUCCAGCAAUCAGCAUUUCCAAGAGGAGUGUUCCAAAAUCUUGGGGUUCAGGAUGUCAACAAUGUUGAAACAGCCAUUCUGCAGCGGCUGAGCUCUAUUUCAUUGGCGCCUGAUCAUGGAGGAAGAAUGCUGCCUUGUAAGCGCCAGCCUAAAAAAAUGGAUGAGAUGGAUGUAUAGUGGGCACUGGAUUGAAUGAAGGAAGCCAUGUUAACCGCGACAAGGGUAGUACAAGGAUCCUCCUGUUAUAUUGAGCUAGU